CAGAACCUUUCGAAUCCAGUAUACACAAACACAACUUCAUCCCCUCUCUGUCUCCACCAUGGGCACCGCAAUGGAGGCUGCUCCGGUCCUGUCGACCCCCGACGAUCGCAUCCUCGAGGCCACCGACCCCGUCACUGCCCAGGAACCGAACCGCAUCCUGUCCGACGAAGAACUCUCCAUCACCUAUGACAUCGAGCGCACUUUGAAGGAGAUCCGCCAGGCGCGGUACAAGCGCAUUGCGCUGCAGUUCCCCGACGACAUGCUGCCGGAUGCCCCCCGUGUGUUUCAGCUUCUCAGCCGCGGCCUGGAUAAACGUGAUGUCGAUGCCAGUGUCCGCAGUGCCGCCAACGACUCUUCGGAGACGGACGGGCUGGCUGACUCGGUGUCUCAGCUGAAGGUGGAAGAGACGGAAGUGGCCCCGCGACUGUACAUCUUGGCCGAUACAUCUUACGGAACGUGCUGCGUGGACGAGGUGGCGGCCGAGCACGUCGAUGCGGAUGUUGUCGUGCACUACGGACGGUCAUGCCUGUCCCCAACAGCCCGCCUACCGGUCAUCUAUGUCUUUACGCACAAGCCCCUACCCCUCGACCCGCUCGUUCGCGCGUUCAAGGAGACCUACCCUGACCCCGCCACCAAGGUCAUCCUGGCGGCGGAUGUGACCUACUCCGACCAUGUCCCCACGGUGUACUCGCGUUUGGUCGAGGAGGGCUAUACCAACCUGUUUGCGACGGAGCUUGUCCACGAGCCCUCGUCUGCGAUCCCCAAUCGUACGGUCCCAGACGCUGUGCGGGAAACCCCGGAGGCGUUGUCGGAGUGGCAGCUUUUCCACAUUUCCGACCCGCCCACAGCGCUUCUUCUAACCCUUGCGUCUCGCGUGGCGGCCAUCUACAUCUAUCCCACGAACACGACGAGCGAAAAUGUGAAGCCCUUGCCCGCGUCGACGACGGCCGCCUUGCGGCGUCGCUAUGGCACCCUGACGUCCCUGAAUACCGUGCCGAUCUUUGGAAUCCUGGUCAACACGCUGAGUGUGAAGAACUACCUGCAUAUCGUGGACCAUGUGCGGGAGCGGAUUGCCGCCGCCGGCAAAAAGAGCUAUCUGUUUGUGGUGGGCAAGUUGAAUGCGGCCAAGGUGGCCAACUUCAGCGAGAUCGGCGGAUGGGUGGUGAUCGGAUGCUGGGAGAGUUCACUGGUGGACAGCAAGGACUUCUGGAAACCGGUCAUCACCCCGUCCGAGUUGGAGCUUACGCUAAAAGGGGACACGGAGCGGGUCUGGACGGGAGCUUGGCGGAGUGACUUCCAGAACGUCCUGGAUCAGUCGGCCGCGGAGGCACAGGAGGACGCCUCGCAAGACGGAGCGACCGAGGAGGGCGACGACGACGAUAUGUCGGAGCCCGAGUCCGCGCCGCCUGAGUUCGACCUGCGCACUGGCCGGUAUGUCUCGCAUUCCCGUCCCAUGCGGAAUCCUGCACCCCGCGUUUCUGCCUCGGGAGAGGACGCUGCGUCGGCGGCCAGUGGACCGUCGGCGGCGCGAGCCCUGGCCAGGCGAGCCAAGGGGGAUGUGGCCAUGAUCGGCGGGGCCAUCUCCCCAGGGGCGGAGUUCCUGCGGUCGCAACGGACGUGGAAGGGCCUGGGAAGCGAUUUCGACAUCCAGUACGAGGAUGAUGAGGAGACGGACAGUACGCGGGUGGUGGAAGGGCGCAAGGGCAUUGCAAGGGGAUAUACAGUAGGCGAGGCAAUAGAGCGGCACUAGCUGGGCUCCGCCCUGACGCAUGGGAAACGAACCCCGUUUGUUGGGCGACCGUUGGAUCGGGACAACAACAGCAUGGCUGGGACGGGACGGGACUGGACCAGCGGACUGGGCAACCAGACAGUUCAACCACUUACUAGUUGGGGGGAGGGGGUAGUUUCAUGCCCUAUUGAUGCCACGGCCCAAAGCGGGUGCAGAACUAUGUGCUGUGCUGGAUCGACGGGAGCCCUAGUAGGAGCGGGGAGGGGAG